GGAAGAAGGGAGAGGGCCCGGCUGGACUUGAUGAGAGUACUCUUGGGGUGCGGGGCCAACGUGUGCCUCUUGGUCGCUGUGGGAAACGUACACUGGGACAGCCUUGGAUCAAGAGGGAGUUCUGAGGUCGAGGCGCCUUCUGGCAGGAACAACGGAGUGUACACCCGACCGUGUGGCGUGAGCGCUGCGUUCCUGGUGGUCACCCUGCGCCAUGGAAGCACCUCUGCAGACAGAGAUGGUAGAGCUGGUGCCCAAUGGCAAACACUUGGAGGGGCUGCUCCCAGCUGGCACUCCUGAGGCCGACAACCGGCGGGUGGAGGACCCCAGGCAGAGUUGUGCGGAGAGCAGAGGCUUCCUGCAGAAGAGCCUCAGCAAGGAGCCGCACUUCACGGAUUUCGAGGGGAAAACAUCAUUCGGGAUGUCCGUGUUCAACCUCAGCAACGCCAUCAUGGGCAGCGGCAUCCUGGGUCUCGCCUAUGCCAUGGCCAACACGGGCAUUAUCCUUUUUCUAUUCCUAUUGACAGCCGUCGCCCUGCUCUCCAGCUAUUCCAUCCACUUGCUCCUCAAGUCCUCUGGGAUCGUGGGCAUCCGUGCCUAUGAGCAGCUGGGCUACCGUGCCUUUGGGACCCCUGGAAAACUGGCAGCAGCCCUGGCCAUCACGCUACAGAACAUCGGAGCCAUGUCCAGCUACCUGUACAUCAUCAAGUCUGAGCUGCCUCUUGUCAUACAGACCUUCCUGAACCUGGAGGAGCAGACCUUGGUCUGGUACCUGAACGGGAACUACCUGGUGAUCCUGGUGUCUGUCAUUGUCAUUCUGCCCCUGGCACUGAUGCGGCAGCUUGGCUACCUGGGCUACUCCAGCGGCUUCUCUCUUAGCUGCAUGGUGUUCUUCUUAAUUGCAGUCAUCUACAAAAAAUUCCAAGUGCCCUGCCCACUGCCCUCCAACUUGGCCAAUGUCACAGGAAACUUCAGCCACAUGGAGCUGGCUGGGAAGACACAGCUGCAGGGCGAGCCUGAGGCUGCUGCCCUCUGCACCCCGAGCUACUUCACCCUCAACUCACAGACAGCGUACACCAUCCCCAUCAUGGCCUUCGCCUUCGUCUGCCACCCUGAGGUGCUGCCCAUCUAUACAGAGCUCAAGGACCCCACCAAGAGGAAGAUGCAGCACAUCUCCAACUUGUCCAUCGCCGUCAUGUAUGUCAUGUACUUCCUGGCUGCCCUCUUCGGCUAUCUCACCUUCUACGACAGGGUGGAGUCAGAGCUACUGCACACCUACAGCCAGGUGGACCAGUUUGACGUGCUGAUCCUGUGCGUGCGCGUGGCCGUGCUGACGGCAGUCACCCUCACAGUGCCCAUCGUCCUCUUCCCGGUGCGCCGUGCCAUCCAGCAGAUGCUGUUUCAGAACCAGGAGUUCAGCUGGCCGCGGCACGUGCUCAUCGCCACUGUCCUGCUCACCGGUAUCAACCUGCUGGUUAUCUUCGCCCCCAACAUCCUGGGCAUCUUUGGGAUCAUUGGUGCCACAUCUGCCCCAUGCCUCAUCUUCAUCUUCCCUGCCAUCUUCUACUUCCGAAUCAUGCCCACCGAAAAGGAGCCUGCGAGAUCCACGCCCAAAAUCCUGGCCCUGUGUUUCGCUGUGCUUGGCCUCUUGCUGAUGACCAUGAGCCUGAGCUUCAUCAUCAUUGACUGGGCCUCAGGGACCAGCCAGCAUGGAGGAAGCCACUAGGAUGCCCUGCUCUGUUCGCUCAUCCUCAUGUCCUGCCCAGACUCCCAGCCCCUCCCCAUCCAGUGGCCAGUCAAGGGGAGAAAGAAGGGGAGAGCCGCACGGUUUAAACUCUGGCAUUUGGCCCGGGCUGUGUCCUCUCCUUCGAAGACUUUCCUUAAAGAGCCAGGACCAAGCCCUUUGGGCCACCAUCUGGAGGGCUCUAGAGCUGCAGGGGCUCCCUGAGCUGGGAACAGGGUAGAGUUGUCACCUCAGAUCCCACCGGAACACAUCAUGCCCCACGGCUGUGUGUGCUGAGGCCCAGCAGCUGCCUCCUGAAGUCCAAGGCACACGGCGUCAGAAGCCAGGCCUGCAGCCACCCUCUGGGCCUGCUGCAAGGCCGGGGUCUGCACCCUGAGGCCUCAUCUCCCCAGCCCACCCAUUUUCCCUCGUUCGAUCCCUUUGGUCCUUUUCACACACAGAGGCUCAGACCCUUGGAUACUUUUGUCCUUUUCUUCAUCGUCCCUCCAGAGGAGACCUCACUACCCGUGGCUGGGCCCAGCCCAGAAGAUUUUGCUGGAGAUGGGACUGCCGUGGGCACCAAGGGAUCCCUGGUGUCCUUUCACCAGGCCCGGGGAGGCUGGGCCUCCCCACCACAAGCCUGGGCCAUCGCUCACAUUCCGCCAACGGGAGAAGAAGCUCUGAGCCCGGCGUCCUGCCCUGGGGAGCCAACGAUCCCAGGGGCCAGCUGGGGCAAGCUGGGGAGGCUGGCAGCUCUUUUAUAAACCUCACCCUUCAGACCCGCA